UCUGCAGGACAGUACGCUAGUCUCGGACCGGUGGCGGUUUACGAACAGUUUUGUCCUUUGUUUCGUGGCUUAGGAUAUGGAAUGGUUCUCGUUAGUUCCAUUGUCAUGCUCUAUUAUAAUUUAAUCAUCGCCUGGACGCUGUAUUACAUAUUUGCCUCAGUCAAUGGUGAUUGGAAGUUACCCUGGAGCAAAUGCGAGAAGGAAUGGAGCACCGAGGAUUGCUUUAUGCCGGACGUUGCCGAGACUUGUGUCUCUCAAAAUGCUUCUUACUUCAAAGGAAAAUGCCUCAAUUCAACUCAAAUGACUGCAAUAAGUCUGAUCAUCGAAAAUGUAACCGGCGCUAUCAGAAAACCGCCAUCCGAGGAAUAUUUUCAUAAUCAUGUUUUGGGGAUCAGCAGUGGAAUCGAAGAAACUGGAUCAAUUCGACCGCCUAUAGCAAUUAGCCUCUUUCUGGCGUGGUUCAUUGUGUUUCUUUGUUUGAGCAAAGGCGUGCAAAGCUCAGGCAAAGUCGUAUACUUCACCGCUCUUUUUCCAUAUGUUGUUCUGAUUGCCCUUUUUAUUCGUGGAAUUUUACUUCCUGGUGCUAAGGAGGGUAUACUUUUCUAUCUAACUCCUGAUUGGAGGAGACUCACAUCCACAAAAGUAUGGGGAGACGCUGCCGUUCAGACUUUCUUCGCUUUGAGUCCAGCCUGGGGCGGCCUGAUCACUUUGAGUUCUUAUAAUAAGUUCACCAACAAUUGCUACAAGGACUCUUUAAUCGUGACAAUAAGUAACAUCGGGACUUCCUUUUUUGCCGGCCUGGUGAUCUUCUCGGUAAUCGGCUUCCUUGCUCAUGAGCUCGACGUACCAGUGGCGUCGGUGGUGGAUGAAGGUCCUGGGUUGGCGUUUGUAGUUUAUCCAGAG